CAGAAUAUUAAGAAUAUAUUCGAUUCCUUUAAAAGCUUUAAGAAAGCUUUUAAGGAAAUCUUUAGCAAUUUCAACGAAGAAUACAUUACAGCUCAGCAGCUUAUGAACCUUAAGCAGAUCAAGUCAGCUUCUGCUUAUACAAUCAGAUUUAAGCAGCUCUUAGCAAGACUUCCGUAG